AAUAAAUAUAGCCGUGUAACUAAAAAGUGAAAUUAAAAGAGAUUGAUCUUAAUUUGUAAAACAGACAUUGAUAAAAAGCAAUAGGCCUAUAAGUAAACAGCAAAGAUGUCUUUAGCAGAACAGUCAUGUUACACAUUGAUCAAUGUGCCAAUGGACUCUGAACCUCUAACUGAAAUGCAGUUACGUCAAGAUCUAGAAAAAGGUGAUGUAAAGACUAAGAUAGAUGCUCUUAAGAAAACAAUUCAGAUGAUAUUGAACGGUGAAAAAAUGCCAUCACUGUUGAUGACCAUUAUUAGAUUUGUGAUGCCGAUGCAAGAUCACAUGAUUAAAAAGUUGUUGUUGGUAUUUUGGGAAGUUGUACCCAAAACUUUACCAGACGGCAAGCUUCUACAGGAGAUGAUUCUUGUUUGUGAUGCUUACAGAAAGGAUUUACAACAUCCUAAUGAAUUUAUCAGAGGUUCAACUUUACGAUUCCUGUGUAAAAUAAAGGAACCUGAAUUAUUGGAACCUUUGAUGCCUGCUAUUAGACAAUGUUUAGAACACAGACAUUCUUAUGUUAGACGUAAUGCUGUACUGGCUAUCUACACUAUCUUUAGAAACCAUGACUUUUUGAUCCCUGAUGCACCAGAAUUAAUUGCUAAUUUCCUAGAAGGAGAACAAGAUAUGUCUUGUAAGAGAAAUGCUUUUAUGAUGUUGAUUCAUGCUGAUCAGGAUAGAGCGUUGAAUUAUCUAAGUGGUUGUAUAGAUCAAGUUACAUCAUUUGGUGAUAUUUUACAGUUGGUUAUUGUAGAGUUGAUUUAUAAGGUGUGUCAUGCUAAUCCAUCAGAAAGAGCUAGGUUUAUUAGAUGUAUUUAUAAUCUAUUGAAUUCCUCAAGUCCAGCUGUCAGAUACGAGGCUGCUGGUACAUUGGUCACAUUAUCCAGUGCUCCUACAGCUAUCAAGGCUGCAGCUAGCUGUUAUAUAGAACUAAUUGUUAAAGAAAGUGAUAACAAUGUUAAAUUAAUUGUAUUAGAUAGACUGAUUGCUCUUAAAGAAGUACCAGCUCAUGAGAAAAUUCUUCAGGAUCUAGUAAUGGAUAUAUUGAGAGUAUUAGCAGCACCUGAUUUAGAAGUUAGAAAGAAAACAUUACAACUGGCUUUAGAACUGAUAACAUCACGCAGUAUAGAAGAGAUGGUAUUGAUAUUAAAGAAGGAAGUAGUAAAGACUAAUAAUGUAGAACAUGAAGACACUGGUAAAUACCGACAGAUACUAGUACGUACAUUACAUCAAUGUAGUGUUAAAUUUCCUGACGUGGCUCCAGUUAUUAUACCUGUGUUAAUGGAGUUUUUGGGAGAUCAGAAUGAGCUAGCAGCAGCUGAUGUAUUAGUAUUUAUGAGAGAAGCUGUACAAAGAUUUGAACAAUUACGACCACUAGUACUCAGUAAAUUACUAGAAGUUUUCCCUACUAUUAAAGCUGUCAAAAUUCAUCGAGCUGCAUUCUGGAUAUUAGGUGAAUAUUGUACAUCAGGUGAAGAUAUACAACAAGUUAUGACUCUAGUUAGACAAUCAUUGGGAGAGAUACCAAUAGUUGAUGAUGAGAUGAAGAAAGCUGCUGGUGAAGUACAAGAUGAAGAAAUCCAGUCUGGUGGAGCUGUACAGAGAUUAGUAACAGCUGAUGGUACCUAUGCCACACAAUCAGCUCUUAGUACUUCUUCAGUUCGCAAGAAGGAUGAAAUGCCACCAUUGCGACAGUAUCUAAUGGAAGGAGAUUUCUUUGUUGGUGCAGCAUUAUCUACCAGUUUAACUAAACUAGCCUUGAGAUAUAUACACCUUCAUAAAGAUGCUAAAAAACAAAAUUCAUUUAUUGCUGAAUCUAUGUUGAUUAUGGCUACGAUGAUACAUCUAGGAAAAUCUGGUCUACCUACCAAGCCUAUAACAGAUGAUGAUGUAGAUCGUAUAGCUAACUGUAUUCGUGUAUUAGCUGAUAGAAGUGAUUUUAUGAAUGAUAUAUUUAACAAAGAUUGUCGAGGCUCUCUAUCUCUAAUGUUAGCUGCUAAAAUAGAGGAGGAGAAGGCUGUACAAGAGGCAGCCGAGAAGAAAGUAGUAAGAGUACAUGCUGAUGAUCCUGUAUCAUUCACUCAGUUAAUAAACAGAACAGAUUUAGGUACUGGAGAGAAUAUGUUUGAACUGACCUUGUCUCAGGCUCUGGGUAUGACUAAUAAAAAAGACUCUGAUCCUAUUGGUUCUACUAAACUUAAUAAGGUGACCCAGUUAACAGGAUUCUCUGACCCAGUUUAUGCUGAAGCCUAUGUGAAUGUUAACCAGUAUGAUAUUGUAUUAGAUGUCUUGAUAGUUAAUCAAACUUCAGAUACAUUACAGAAUCUUACUCUAGAAUUAGCUACACUAGGUGACCUAAAACUAGUAGAGAAACCACAAGCAAUGACCAUGGCACCACAUGAUUUCUGUAAUAUUAAAGCUAAUGUUAAAGUGGCCUCCACAGAAAAUGGAAUUAUAUUUGGAAAUAUUGUAUAUGAUGUAAGUGGUGCAGCCAGUGAUCGUAACUGUGUAGUAUUAAAUGAUAUACAUAUUGAUAUAAUGGACUAUAUAGUACCAGCAACUUGUACCGAUACCGAGUUUAGACAGAUGUGGGCUGAGUUUGAAUGGGAGAACAAAGUAGCAGUAAAUACUAAUAUUACUGAUCUAGCUGAAUAUUUACAACAUCUUAUGAAAUGUACCAAUAUGAAGUGCUUAACUCCAGAAAAGGCUCUAUCUGGUGACUGUGGGUUUAUGGCAGCCAAUAUGUAUGCUAGAUCUAUAUUUGGUGAAGAUGUACUAUCUAAUAUUAGUAUCGAGAAACCAGCUCAUCUUGGUAAAGAUUCACCAGUACAAGGUCAUAUUCGUAUCAGAGCUAAGAGUCAGGGUAUGGCAUUAAGUAUGGGAGAUAAGAUUAACCUGUCACAGAAGAAGAGUUUGAGACCAGGAGCUUAAUGUUAAGCUUCAAUGCCUAAGCUUGUUAUAAGCUUAAACUAAUAGUAAUAUUACUAAAUGGUUUUUGUUAUUUCAUAUUAUAUAUUUAUCAUGUAAAUGUUAAUUAUAAUAGCGAGUUUAUUACAUACUAAAUUUCAGGGGUGUAUCUAGAAAAUGAGAGGUGUCUCUUCAAAGCAAGGCCCAAUGACCGACCUCUAAAUAAGCCACUACUUUUGGCAUUUCUUUGCAAUAUAUUUAUUAGAGUAAAUGUAUAAGCAUGCAAGCAGCCAUGAACAUCACCCAUAUUGUAAGUGAAUGACAAAUGACACUUCAUGUAAGUCUAUUAUACUACUUUGCAGACUGAUUUGAAAGCAUAGAGAUACAGAACAAACUUGUUUGAGUGGGCCAUUAUGUUUAUUAUCAAGUUGGUGUAUCAUCAUAUUAUUUUGGUUUAUAAUAGAUUCUCUACUUUAGUUCACUUGAUUUUGAUGUAAAAUGGUGUAAAGUGCUCUGAACCCUAACAAUUGAUAAUUUUUUCUCUGGUUGUCUUCAUUAAUAAGGGGCAGAAAAUUAGGACUUGAACCCUAUUUCAUUCAGGUUGUUAUCUCUGUUCUUCAAUAAUUACUUUAUUUCUGUUUCUCAACAAACCUACAUAUUGUGUAUUGGUAUCACAUUAAUUGUUCAAUUACUAUAUUACAUUCCUGACUUCAUCAUAACUUAAAUCAUUGUAAACUUGUUACUGUAUCAGUUUGGCUUCAUUAAUAAAUAUUUGGCAUGAAAUUCUGUGGUAUGAUAAUUAAUAUAUUACAUUGGUUCCACAACCAGUCUACUUUAUUUAUAGGUAGAUUAUAUAGCAUUCAAAAUAAUGUAAGUUAAUUACUGUUUAUACUACCUAAAAAUAUAUGAGACUGUUCAUGGUAAUAGCUAUACCUCUCUUUAUUUUGUUUUGAUUGGUCAAGUGUUAAAUUAAUUUCAGUGUUAAACUGCAUACAAUCAUUGCAAUAAAGGAUAUAUAUUAACAGGA